UUUUAAUUUCCAUACCCUAGGUAGCAAGCAUUCCCUCGCUCGAUCCAAUCGAAGGCGCUGCUCUUCAAUCUCGUGUUUAUGUCUUUCGUGUGUGCAGCGGCAGCAGCGAGCGUCAGGAUUUCACUGCGUUGCUUGGCGACGAAAGCGUGCAUCGAGCAGCUGCCAAUGGCUCAACUCAAAGAAAUUGGCAAGAACAAAAUGUUUGGGGGAUUCAACCGGCGAUUCCAGCAUCCGAGUAGCUCUUGUGGCUGCGAUAUGAAUUUCAGUGUCUACUUCCCUCCAGCAGCGGAUCAUGGCAAAGUUCCAGUUCUUUACUGGCUCUCGGGUCUUACGUGCACGGACGAGAACUUUAUUCAGAAAUCUGGAGUUCAGCGUGUUGCUGCUGCUGAAGGAGUAGCAAUUGUCUGUCCUGAUACGUCUCCUCGUGGCCUAGGAGUUGAAGGAGAAUCUGAUAGCUGGGACUUUGGUGUAGGUGCCGGUUUUUAUCUCAAUGCAACUCAAGAAAAGUGGAAAAAGUGGCGAAUGUAUGACUACUGCACCAAGGAGCUCCCAGAACUCCUCAGCUCCAGUUUCGAUCAGCUGGACACUAAGAAUGCGUCAAUCUUCGGGCAUUCAAUGGGUGGUCACGGGGCUUUAACUAUUUUUCUGAAGAACCCAGACAAGUACAAGUCUGUGUCUGCGUUCGCUCCCAUUGCGAGUCCUGUGAAUUGUCCAUGGGGACAAAAAGCUUUCUCUGGAUAUCUGGGAGAUGACAAAUCGUUGUGGGAAGAGUAUGAUGCCUCUCUGCUUUCACGUAAGUACAAGGGUAAUCCUACAAAAAUCUUGAUCGACCAGGGCGAUGAUGACAAGUUUUACAAAGAAAAGCAGCUCCUGCCAGAAAAUAUUGUGGAAUCUGAGCUUUUGCGAGUGGAGCUCCAUUUGAGAAGCGGGUACGACCACUCAUAUUUCUUCAUUGCCUCUUUCGUGGAGGACCAUAUCAAGAUGCAUGCCACAGCACUGAAGUCUUAAUGCUUCAGGGUCUGAAGCUUCUAGUUUGCCAGGACAUUAUAUAUUCAAGGGGAAAGUGGUUUGUUUC